AUGAAGGAGGCGGACAUUCCUUCUGCUCAACGCUUGAUCGCCCUCGCGCCGGUACAGAAGCGGUACAAUCCGGAACCUCCAAUUCUGCAACUGAUGUUGGGGAACCACCCUGUGAAGCAAAUCAAAAAACUCUCCCAACUCCCAUUCUCACCUCCACCACUUAAGACUUGGGAUCCUGCACUCCGUAUUAACUUUUUUGCUCUCCUUGUAGAUACCCCUCUUAUUCUGUUGCUGAUUACGCUCUCCUUCUUUAUCCCCCCAAACCGGAGUCUUUCAGUCUUUGGGAUGACUGUGAUAGACGCUGAGACAGAAGUGAAUGCUGUGUUGUUGGUGAAUCGUAUAAUUCCUCCUUUUUCUUCCCUCUCCUUCCUCGUCUGUCUGUCAAACUCCGAUCCAGAAAGUCUUAUUUUGCCUGCAGAUGAGACUACCCUAAUGUAUUUCUUCUAA